UAUCAAGAAAAGAAAAACAAGAUCGAAUAGCUUAUUGCCUUCUGUACAUUGGAGAGAGAGGCAAAACUGAUAGCCGGGCAGCAGACCAUCGUCGCUCUCAGCUGUUCAUCGCAACACCGCCUUCUCGCGACCUUCCUUCGGCGCAUUUCAACUUCGGCGCACAGGACAGAGAGCGGUCUCCUCCCCACCCACCCACCCGCCAUCCCGACUCUCUCUCUCAUCCGCCCGCCUCGUUUCGAGAAAAACACGCACGCGGAGAAAAAAAAAGUAAAAGGGAAAAAGGACAAGUAGUGAGCAACAUCUUUGCUUUUUCGUGGGCUGGGCGUGUUGUGUGUGUGCGGUGGUGCUGUUGUCGAGACGCGAUCCGGUAAACAACAAUCGGGUCGGAGAGCAGGCGGAGAAGGCGCGUUCCUGGGCGACCCUCACAACCGUUCUUCCUCCCCCCUUCUCUCUCUCUCUCUUAUGCAGCAGAGUCGGGCGUCGUAGGCGGAGUUUCGGUCAACCGACAGGAGCAGUGCAGUGGCACAACACGCAGUGAGCGGAGGGCAAAAAGGAAAAAGGUGAAGGAGCAGAGAGAUCCGAAGCGGGAUCUUCAUUCUUCGACAGCAGUCGGCUGAUGUGGUAUAGGCUUAAUAGACGCGUCGCCAGCAGCAUCUUCGUUGGCUUCGGCUGGGCGUCGUGACUCACGCCAGCACACGCAACUCCGGGCCCCCCCUUGUGUGUUUAGAUCCUAUCUCGUUUAGAGAGAGACGGGCAGGAAGAAGAAGAAAAGUGAGUGCGCCAGAUCGUCGUUGGGUGUGAAUAGAAAUACUUGAGAUAGGAAUCGCGGGAUUCAAGGUGAGAGGCGCCGGGAGUCGUCCGUUUGAUUAUUGGGCGGUGAAAAAAGUGAGUGGGGGGGAAAUCGGGCGUGAUUUAUCGGCGGGCCGGCCACCAUGCCGGUGAUGUCAACUGAGACGGCCGGCGACGAUCAACAGGCCACGGCAGUGACAAUCAAACACGAAUCCUCUUCCGGCACCAGUAUGCAUCAGUUGCUCUCCAAUUCAGUGGCGGCCGCCACGGCCUCGUCCGGCGGCGGCGGAAUGGGCGGCGGAACUAUGGGCGGCAUCGUCGGCAGCGAGCAUCACUCGCCGUCGCCGACGACUCUGUGCGGCGGCUGCGGAUUCAAAAUCACCGACCGCUACUAUUUGGUGGCCGUCGAACGGGCCUGGCACAGCGAGUGCCUCAGGUGCGGAGAGUGCCGACGGCCGCUGGACACGGCCCUGUCCUGCUUCUCCCGCCAGUCACGAAUCUACUGCCGUGACGAUUACUACAGAUUGUUCGGCGUGAGACGUUGCAAUCGCUGCUGUCUGCCGCUAGGAUCCAACGAACUGGUCAUGAGAGCCCGCGACGCCGUCUUCCACCUGGCCUGCUUCACUUGCGCCGCCUGCAACCAGCCGCUGGCCAAAGGUGACAUUUUCGGGAUGCGAGACGGAAUCGUCUACUGUCGACUUCACUACGAGAUGCUCCAGCAUCCAGCGACGCUGACGUCAUCUCACCAAUCGCAUCAGCACGGCCUCCUCAUGUCUCACCAUCACCCGACGCAAGGCAACAACAACGGACUGAUGGGCACUCCCGACGGCCCGUGCGAUCUCUCGUCUUGCGGACCACACCACGGGCUCUUGCCGCCGUCCGGCUUCCAUCACUCGCAUUUGAUGCCGCCGGAAUCGGUCAGCCCCAGCCAGCACAUGAUCAAUAUCCUCUCCUCAUCGGGCGUUGAUCCGGUCAACGAUUCGUCCUAUCCGUCCGGAUUGCGUCCCAGCAUCUUUGGCGGAAGCGUGGCCGCUGGCGGACAGGACUACCUCCACAAUCCGUCGGCCAACGAUUUCCAGCGCUGUCUGGGUGGAAGCGGAUCGGCCGUUUCGAGUUUCUUCCCGUCACUGUCGUCGAGCGGAGGACUGGGCAACGGCGGCUUGGGUGGCAAUUCGCCCGGGUCCGGCUCGUUGGGCCAUCAUCACAGUGUUCAGAAAGGACGGCCCCGGAAGCGAAAGAUUCCUCCGGCGGCGGCAGCAGUUGCGGCAGCGGCGGCUCUCGUCCAUUCCAGCAACAACAAUAACAACAACAACAACAACAACGGCGGUGGUGGCGGCGGCGGCGGCGGGUCGACGGGCAAUCAUUCCGAUUCGACCAUCCUGGGCCAGCAACAACACCUGAACGCGGCCAAUCUCAGACAACUCACUGCCGGAAUCGAUAUGCUGGGCUCCAGUGCGGAUUUGUCGUCAAUGGAGGGGAUGGUGUACGACAGUUCGGGGACGAACGGAAGCGCCAGCGGAGGAGGCGGCGGGGGCGGAUCUUCGUCUCAACAACAGCAGCAGCAACAGAGGACAAAGCGGAUGCGGACGUCCUUCAAACACCACCAACUACGAACCAUGAAGUCCUACUUCGCCAUCAAUCAGAAUCCGGAUGCCAAAGAUCUCAAGCAGCUGGCCCAGAAGACGGGACUCUCGAAACGCGUACUCCAGGUUUGGUUCCAGAACGCCCGAGCGAAAUGGCGCCGCAACAUAAUGCGACAGCAAGAUGGCGGCGGCAGUGGCGGAGGAGGCGGAGUGGGCGGAGGCGGAGGAGGGGCUGGCGGAACGUCUUCGAUCAAAGAUGGCGACCUCCUGACAGCGUCGGCGUCGUCGUCUUCGUCGCAGCUCGAACAACAACAACAACAGCAGCAGCAGCAGCAGCAGCACCCUCAUCAUCAUCAUCAGCACCAGCACCAGCAGCAGCACCAGCACCAACAGCCUCAACAGUCGCAUCACCGCGUUUCGGCCUCCCUCGGUGAGUUGACUCCGCCGGGAAGCGCCGGCGGAAUGACCCACUCGUCGGCCGUCUCCAACGAAGAUGCCAGCUCCAAUUUAGUCUUCAGUGAUCUGUACUAGAAAUAGCCACACAAAACACACAACACACAACACUAUACACAAACUAUCUACCUAUUAGUAGAGUAGACUUUCUGCUCCCUCUCCCCCUCUCAACCUAUACACGACGAUACCUAUAGACAGUUACUAUAUAGCGUACAACAAAAGUAUACGUUUAACUAUUAUACAGAGACGCGCGAUUUUUUAAACAAAAGUCGACUAGUGUCCCACAUGUGUCUGUGUAUAGACACUCUCUCAAUUUUUUGGUGCUGUUGCUGUUGGGUUUGAUUGUCUUGUCAUUCGUCAUUUUUCUUUUAAUUUCUUUUUCAUCUUUUUGAACAUGUUCUUGUUUCAGUUUUUUGUUCCGCGUUAAAUAUAGGACCUGUGUUAUAACAUCGUCAACCAACGCGCCGCUAAUUCACUUCUUUAUUUAUCGACAUAAAGACUUUUGUACUAUAACGGCGUCAGUGUGUAAUAGCGUUGAUGUAUUAUUAUUAUUGUCAUUCAGCAGCAUAAUCCGAUCCCCCCUUUUUACCCAUUUUUUUAAAUAUUAUUAUUUGAAAUUUCAAUUCACGUUUCGCUCGGAUAUGAUGAUGACGACACGCGAAAUUGUUUUGGAUUUUAUUUCAAUUCGUUUGUGAUUCUAAAAGAAUAACAAUCGAUAUGUUUUUUGUUUUUCCUGUUUUUCACUUUAGUUUGGUUUUAUUGUUUUCUAUAUACCCCCCUCCAGUUUUUCAUGUUUUUGAAUGAAAAGUCCUUUUUUGGUUGGAAUUCUAUGGAAUUUGUGUUAAGGCGAGCUUACAUUAAUUUAUACACGAAUUUCCUAACCACGAUGGCUGCUGUUGCGAUGUUUUCAGCAUAUCCUAUAAAACUCGCCGUCGGGAAAUCAACACAUGUCAUCAUCAUCGUCAUUUUCAGGUGACGCUUUUUAUGAUGAAACAAUAAACGUUCCUGUCUUUGCAUUGA